ACAGCGUCGCCCCGCAACAUGGAUUACGAUGAGUUCGGCAGUGCGAACGGAGCGCUGUGGUAGAGGUUGUUUAUGUGGAGUGCUUGGUUAGGGUUCCGCCCACCGAGGUAUCUGAUCAUAGGGGCAGACAGGCAGAGAGUGUAAAAUGGCGCACAGCUGUCGGUGGCGGUUCCCUGCUCGGCCCGGAGGGAGCAGCAACUCCGGUACCGGGAGGAGAGCGGGCCGUAUCAGGGUUACUGCCUUUUUGCGGAGCGUAUCAGGAACCCAGCCAAACGCCGCCGGACUCGGACCCGGGUUUGACGCUGCACUGCAGGUUUCUUCGGUUAUCAGGAGCAACCUGCAGAAAUUUCGGGAUGUUUUGGGAGAAUCGAGCGACUCUAGCGGCGCAGAGGAAGAAGUGUUUGGUGGAUUUGGAGUGACUGAUGAACAAACAGAAAUACGGAGCCCUUCGUCAGCUUCUUUAGAAGGAGCACCCCUGCAGGAGAAGAAACCCAGAGGCCGCCCACCACGGACCCUGACUGCUCAAAAAGCUACUGCCAGUCUAUCUUCCCUCCCGUCAUAUCCCACUUCGACGCAAGUGAAACCUGAUGGCCCUGAAAGGCCAGCAGAGAAAGUAAAAAGGCUGCCUGGGAGGCCACCCGGCACCAGUGAGAAGCGCAGGGGCCGUCCGCCUUCCUCAAGCAGCAAGAAAACUUGGAGUACAGGCAACCAUGCAGCUUCUGAGGACAGUAGGAAGGCUGGGUUUGAGCUGGGUACAGAUGCAGAGAAUGAGAAGGACAGAAAGUCCAACAAGAGGUUGCCAGGGGGCUCUGCACAGCCUCAUGACACUGAGGCAAAGCUUCCCAAAGGAGGGCGGGGUGAAUCCAAAGCUACCAACCUAAAGAGGCUGACAGAGACUAAAACCACCCCUCUCAAAUCACGCCUCAAGACUUUGCCUGGUGCAUUCCGACGCAGACGUGGACGACCACCGUCAGCUGAGCGGCUCAAAGCUGAAGCAGCCGCUGCAGCCCAGCUGUCUGCUUCCAUGGAAGGUGGGGAAGGAAAACACAAGGCCUUUAGGGUCAGAGGUGGAGACAGAGGGACAGAACCACACAACACAGAGCAGCCCGAGGUAAGGAACAUGGAUGGCGCUGAAGACCAGGACUCUUCCAGUCUACCCACCUCCCCAUCUGCCUCUAAACCAGGUAGGCCAGUAGGCCUCAGGAAAAGCCCUCGGCACAGAAAACCGGUAAGAAUAGUCCCCCCUUCCAAACGUACCGAUGCAACCAUCGCCAAACAGCUGUUGCAGCGUGCAAAGAAAGGUGCACAGAAGCGACUGGAGAAAGAAGCUGUUGGCAUUGGGGGGAGAGGGUCAGGAAACAGUGAGGCCGGCAUCAGGAAGACCCAACUCAAAAACAUUCGACAGUUCAUCAUGCCAGUUGUCAGCACUGUUUCCCUUCGCAUCAUCAAAACUCCCAAGCGGUUCAUUCAGGAUGAGGGCAGUUUUGGAACUCCUGCAUCCCAUGCAAAGGUAGCACGAUUAGAAACGCCGCCAUCUACUGUCGCUGUAUCUGCCCAACCUGCACCCACCACUUCCUCAUCCCCUUCUCCUGCACUUGUCUCUAUUACUUCCACUGCUACUAGCAUUGGAGCAGCUGCUCCUGUUGAAUCUCUUCCUUCUCCAUCAUCUCCAGCCCCCAUCCCCAAUGUCCCACCAGCAGCUUCCUGUCUGCUUAACAGCAACACCAGCACUGCAGCCAAUGGAAGAUUUAGCCAUAGUGCACAAUCAUGUGGUUCAAGUGCUGUAUCACAGCAUUCCUCGCAACUCUCCUCUGCGGAGUCUUCCAGGUCUAGCAGCCCAAGCUUGGAUGACUCCUCAUCUGACUCCCAGGCCUCUGAGGGCACACAGGCUCUGUCAGAGCCAGAGGAUAACUCUCCCUCCUCACAGGGAGAAAGAGAGGCCAAUCUCUUAAACAGCUCAAGGCCUACCUCACCUCCUUCAGAGCCAGAGCAUGUGCUUGCAGAAGGGAGUCGAAGGGGUCGAAGGGCACAGGGGACUGGCCGAGGAAGUCAGAAACAGAGGGUGAGAGAGACUGGCCCCACGGGGGUUAAAAAGCCCAUCAUCAGCCCACCCACAGGAGUGCUGAUGUCCUCUUCUCUUGGAAAUUCCCAGCAGGCAUCAUCCACAGCUUCUUCCCCUACCUCACCUCCACCACCACCUCUCCUCACUGCUCCACAGCCUCCCCUGUCUGGUUCCUCCAAUACUGCUGCUAUCGGCGAACACCACCCUCAGCCAUCCUGGAUGCCUCAGGCCAUCCCGCCAUUUAUGUCCGUACUGCCAGGGCUGUCCAGCUCGUUGGACAAAAGGAGUCGCUCAAUUCUGAGGGAGCCCACCUUCCGCUGGACAUCCCUGUCCCAUCCCAAGCAGCAGUACUUUUCCUCUGCUAAAUAUGCUAAGGAGGGCCUCAUUCGAAAGCCUAUAUUUGACAAUUUUCGUCCUCCACCUCUCACACCUGAAGACGUCGGGUUGCUUCCCCAAGGUGUCACAGGAGCAGGGGGAACUGCUCCAGUCGCAUUUCCAGCACCAGGUGCUGGAGCAGGAACAGGGAGACGCCUGUUUGCCCCCCUUCACCCCCAUACGCACCACCAACAUCCCUCAUCGUCCCGCUUUGAUUCACCUCUCCAGAAGCGGUCGUUGCUUCGUGCGCCACGCUUCACACCCAGCGAAGCCCACUCUCGAAUCUUUGAGUCUGUUACACUGCAGUCUUCUUCGGGGAGCAGCCCCGGCUCUCUGUCUCCCCAUCAGACGUCUCCCAGUUCCAGAAGAACCCUGCGCCGCAGGAGACAACUGGUCCCAGGAGCGCAUCGUGGACACCCAAGGUCUCCUUCGCACCCUAUGACAAGACGCAGUGUCCAAAUCAAAGGUACCUCCGAGGUGUCUUCGUUGACAGGCUCUGUCUCCAGCAGUGACCCCAGCUCUUUGCCGGGGGUCUCUGGAAGUCCACUAGCCCCGAGUGCCUUAACAUCUGUUUCUUUCAUCAACUUCCCCACUGUCCCUCGGGCUCUGCACUCGCAAGGAACCACUGAUACCAGAAGAGGGGGACCAGGGCACCCAUCUCCCCUGUCUAACACAUCAUCGUCUGCUUCCUCCCCUCUUUUCCAUCUCUUUCCUUCGAGUGCUCAGGACACAGGACGAGGAGGUGGAAAUGUUGGGAAGGAAAAGAGCUUGUCGACUCCUCAAGAAUCAACUCCAAAGGAAAAUGAGAGAGAGUCUGAGAAAAACCGCGAGAAGGAGAAGGAAAAUAAGAGGGACGGACGGAAAGACUUGGAAAAACGAAGUAAGGCGUCCACUCCCGAUGGCUCCCCAAAUGCACCUUCCAGCGUGUUUACCAUCGAUGGGAGGGACUCAGAAGGCGCCAUUGCACCAAAAAAGACACCUGGGAGAAAAAAAUCCACAUCAGUUGAUCCGGUUUCUGACCCUGCUUCCUCGGAGGUCAGGGGGCUCCAUCCCUUGUCCAUCGCUAAAAGUCGCCACCUUAAGAAAGGAAGACUAUCUGAGAAAGGGACAGAGACCGAAGAAGGGGAAAAGGAAAAGGAGAAAGUGAAACGAAGUACAUCUAACCAGCAGACAGCUAGCCUUCCCGGGCAGCAAGGCAGACAUACGGUUCCUGUCUCCUUGGUGUCGGCAGAAGCAGGAGAGCACUCACUGACUGACAAGCGACUGGUUGGACUCCUGAAGAAGGCCAAAGACCAGCUCAUUGCAAUAAAGAAGAAUAAGCUGAAGCCUGCCGAAGAGACUAAGGUCCAGGGGCAGGAGAGUGACUCGUCAGAGACCUCUGUCCGUGGUCCACGCAUCAAGCAUGUGUGUCGUCGUGCAGCUGUGGCCCUUGGCCGUAAUCGGGCUGUGUUCCCUGACGAUAUGCCCACACUUAGUGCCUUGCCCUGGGAGGAGAGAGAGAAGAUCCUAUCUUCCAUGGGGAAUGAUGAUAAGUCAUCAGUAGCAGGCUCAGAGGAGGCAGAGCCCCAGUCUCCUCCCAUAAAGCCAAGGGAGACGCGACAGAAGGCCAUUCAAGAAGCUCCUCCCAAAAAGGGCCGUCGGUCCCGCCGCUGUGGUCAGUGCUCAGGCUGCCAGGUUCCAGAAGACUGCGGCAUCUGCACUAACUGUCUAGACAAGCCCAAGUUCGGAGGGCGAAACAUUAAGAAGCAAUGCUGCAAGAUGAGAAAGUGUCAGAAUUUGCAGUGGAUGCCUUCAAAGAUGGCUGUCCCAAAGCAAGGUAAGGGCAAGAAGGACAAGAAAAAGAAGUUUUCAGAGAAAAAAGAGGCUCUCAAUCCAGUAAAAGCCCCCAGUUCAGAGUCUGGCUCCAAACCUCCUCCCGCUCCUUUAAAGGAGGAUCCCGCCCAGAAAAAUAGUGAGACUCCCCCUUUAAAGCCGAUGGAAGAGAAGUCCAAACAGCAGCCGCAGUCCAAGCAGUUAUCACCAGCCAUCGCCUUGUCCCCUGCCCCAGCUGAACAAGCUCAGACCCUGAGCACAGUCACAUCCCAGCCUCAGUCUCCACCUCUGACUCCGGACACCAAACAGCUUCCAGUUACAAGUGGCACCUCCAGCAAAAAGGGACACAAACCACACCAGUCUGUUCAAGCUACUUCCCCCACAUCUUCGUCCUCGCCAUCUUCCUCAUCCUCGUCGUCGUCAUCAUCUUCUUCCUCCUCGUCAUCUUCAGCCCAGAACUCCCCCUCACAGUCCACACAGUGUCAGCAACUGCCACAACAAUGGCCACCUGUGAGUCAGGUGCCUUCAAAGAAAGAUGCUUCACCCAAGAUUGCUUUAAGCGAAUCCAAGAAAAAAUACCAACAGCUCCCAACACUACAGCAGAGCUCAGCUAUAACAAUUGACUCAAAAACAGCAAAGAAGACAUCUUCCCGCACUGUUCCUUCUUCUCCAAAACAGAAAACAAAAGACAAGCCGCUGACAACAAAACCGACCAGCAGCAGUACUUUAAACUUGCUGAGCACUCCCUCGACUAGGGACCAGGUGAAGUCCAGAGCUCCCUGCGACGGAGUGCAUCGUAUCAGAGUGGAUUUCAAGAGGGACCAUGAUGUGGAGAAGGUGUGGGAGGCUGGUGGACUCAGCCUGCUCACCUCUGUGCCCAUCACACCCAGGAUACUCUGCUUCUUGUGUGCAAGCAGUGGAAACGUUGAGUUUGUCUUCUGCCAGGUGUGCUGCGAACCAUUCCAUCUCUUUUGCCUGGGGGAGUCAGAGCGCCCCCUCCAGGAGCAGUUUGAAAACUGGUGCUGUCGACGCUGCCGGUUCUGCCAGGCCUGUGGGCGCCAGCACCAGAAAGCUAAACAGCAGCUGCUAGAGUGUGAUAAGUGCCGUAACAGCUAUCACCCGGAGUGCCUGGGUCCCAACUACCCCAACAGACCCACCAAGAAGAAGAGAGUCUGGAUUUGUACCAAGUGUGUGCGCUGCAAGAGUUGUGGAGCCACGAAACCUGGGAAGUCCUGGGAUGCCCAGUGGUCACAUGAUUUCUCCAUGUGUUACGACUGUGCCAAACUAUUUUCUAAAGGGAACUUCUGCCCACUGUGUGAUAAGUGCUUUGAUGACGACGACUGUGACAGCAAGAAGAUAGAGUGUAGUCGCUGCCAGAAAUGGGUUCAUGCCAAGUGUGAGAAUCUUACGGAUGAAACGUCCGAGCUGCUGUCCAAGCUGCCACAGAGCGUUGCCUACACGUGUACCAAAUGCACUGAGCGCCUGCCGGCCGAGUGGAGGACGGCGCUGAAGAGGGAGCUUCAAGGCUGCAUUCGCAAUGUUCUCAAUGCACUGCUGAACUCGCGCACAUCGACUCACCUGCUACGCUACAGACAGGCGGUGAAGCCUCCAGAGCUAAAUCCAGAAACGGAGGAGAGUCUUCCAUCCCGACGUUCCCCGGAGGGCCCGGAUCCUCCGGUCCUUACAGAAGUUCCCCCAACCCCUCUCGGUGACUCCCCUCCAGACCUUGAGUCUGUUGAGAAAAAGAUGAAUCAGGGCGCUUAUAACUCAUUGGUGGAGUUCAGCGACGACGUCGUGCGAAUCAUUCAGACAGCAUUCAACAGCGACGGAGGCCAGCCUGAGAGCAGGAAAGCGAACAGCAUGGUGAAAUCUUUCUUCGUUCGGCAAAUGGACCGAAUGUUCCCAUGGUUCAAAGUGAAAGAAUCCAGGCUGUGGGAAAGGCAAAAAGUCUCUGCCAACAGUGGGCUUCUACCCAACGCUGUCCUUCCUCCGUCCCUGGACCACAACUACGCCCAGUGGCAGGAGAGACAGGAGCUUUGCCGUGCCGUGCAUCCCCAUUUCAUGAAAAAGAUCAUCCCAGCUCCGCAGCUCAAGAACCCUGGAGAACUUGAUUCACCAGCUUCACCUCCUCCACUACCUCCUUCACUACCUCCUUCACUACCUCCACCACCUAAACUCCUGCCAGACAACGAGGACACCCCUGAACUCCCUCCUCCUCCUCCUCCAGGCGUCACUGAUAACAGGCAGUGUGUUCUGUGCCUUCAUUAUGGAGACCAGAACACUAAUGACUGCGGCAGGCUGCUGUACAUCGGCCAGAAUGAGUGGGCCCACGUGAACUGUGCUCUUUGGUCUGCUGAGGUGUUUGAAGACGACGACGGCGCUUUGAAAAAUGUUCACACGGCUGUUCUCAGGGGAAGGCAAACGAACUGUGAAAGGUGUGAAAGGGCAGGGGCCACUGUAGGCUGCUGCCUCACCUCCUGCAACAGUUACUACCACUUCAUGUGUGCCCGGCAGUUCCACUGCGUGUUUCUGGAAGACAGGAAAGUCUACUGUCCGAAGCACAGGGACCUCAUCAAAGGAGAGGUGGUGACAAGAUUUGAGGUGACCCGCAGGAUCCUGGUGGAUCUGGAAGGGAUUAGUCUCAGGAAGAAGUGGCUGGCAGGGUUGGAGCCUGAAAAUGUCCACAUAAUAAUAGGCUCCAUGGCGAUUGAUUGUUUGGGAAUACUAACUGAACUCUCAGACUGCAAACGCAAGCUCUUCCCUGUUGGAUACCAGUGUUCAAGGGUAUACUGGAGCACUUUAGACGCUCGAAAGCGUUGCGUGUAUACCUGCAGGAUAUUGGUGUGUCAUCCUCCAGUGGCAGAGUCUGAUAUGAAGAGCGUGAUGGGUCCUGAGGAAAAUCGCACAAUUGCACACAGCCCACCUCCUAUAACAGACUUUCCUGAUCCAUUUGAGUCACCAAGACGCUCUGAAAACCUCUGUCCUGCAAAUACCCCGAAGCUCAGGGUUUACACCAGAAACAGACAUCCUAGCUACCCCCCCUGUCAGCGCUCCAUGGACUCCAAACAAGUGUCUUCUCCAGAAAGAAUCUCGCUGCCCCAAAGCCAGGCUGUGGGAGAUUCAAUGGAGAACCCGAGCAUUCGCAAUAUUGACUCCCGACGUCACAGCUCCCCUUCCCCUUCUCCUCCUCCCCACCAGCUGAACAGACAGAGAAGUGUGACCUCCCCACUUCAGAAUUUGUCUCGACCUCUCACCUCACCUCCUCUUCUCAUCCCCUCUCCGGCCAGAGACCCUGAAAAAUCCAAACACCUCAUCAAAGACUCAAAGAAGAAUCCAAUUCAAAGAGAUGGGGACAGGGGUAGAGCCUUUACCACAGAUGGAAACAGGCUGCAAUCAGCAAGAGAACAAGGUCUGACAGAUGCAGACAAGGGAAGGACGUCAAGUCGAGACCAAGCAUCUAAGGAGUCGGAAAAAAGCAGAUCACCCAGGGAACAUGUACAAAUAGACUUAGAUAAGGGUGACAUAUCAGCCAAAGAGCCAGAAAAGAAAAGAGUCUUAGGCUCAGACUCGGGUCUGAAAGAAUCUGAGACUGCAAGACCACUGAGCAGAGACUCCUCAAGAGAUUCUGAAAAGGGGAGACAUGCAAACAGAGAUUCCAGUAAUAGAGAAACAGAUAAGAGCAAGACAUCUUCCAAAAAUCCUAACUGCAAGGGCACUGACAAAUCUCGGUCUCUCAGCAGAGAUGCUGGACAAAAGGACUCUGAGAAAUACAGACAGCACAGCAGGGAAGCAGGUAAAGACCUUGGCCAAGAAAAGGAUAGACCAUCAAGCAGGGAUUCUGACAAGGGUAGACCUUCCUCUAAAGACUCCAGCUAUAGAAGCGCAGAGCGAAACAGAGACUCUGGCUCAGGGAAAGACAGCAAUGCCGGCAGUCAAUCCAAGCGGUCCGGAAGCGAGAGCAAGAGUCCGAGAUUGGCACCUGUGGGCUCAGGACAUUCUUCCCCUCCAGUGGGGACUGCUGCUCUCUCAGGUCAGCAGAGGAGUGGAGGCACCAAACAGGUUGAGAAGCAGGUGAAACAUGGAAGCAAAGACCAUGAAGGUCUAAGUUUGUUGUCUCGUCACCGACCCAAUCCACCCUCCAACAUCCUCCAAUCCUCGGACAAGCCCAGCUCAGGAAAGGAGAGUAACAGCGCCACUGGGAAUAUCACAGCGUCUCCACUCCAUAAGCAAUCUAUCGUAGGGAAAUCUGGCUCCCCACAGAAGUCCAGUACACUGAAAUCAAAUGAUUACUCUUCAGGUCAGGCUGGAAAGUCUCUUUUUUCAUCACGGACAUCAGUGGAGGACGAUGUUGGUAAACGAAGCUCCCUGCACCUAACCUCCCCAGCUGCAGGUUUAGCUGCCAAAGACAAGCACCGCAAAGUCAAAUCAACAGGCAGCAGAGAUGCGUCCAAAGACCGAGACAAAGAGAAGACCCAUCAGAACAGCAGCAGCAACAAAGCUCCACUUCUCAACAACAAUGCAAAAACCACAGGCAGCUCUAACACCCAUGCUCCAAACUCCAGCUCUUAUAACAGCAAAACCCCUGUGCUCGGAAACAGCACCAAAGCCCAAGGGAAGCUUCAGGGGGAGAAGCAGCUGAACCAGGGAGAGGAAAGGUUGUCAGCGAAGAGCAGAGACAAUUAUCUCUGUCCAGAGAGGAAGUACAGUGGCAAUCCAGAAAGCUUCCAGCAGUUGCAGCAGAUCAGUUCAGCUCCAGAGAAAGGCGAGGUGAGCUCAACUCAGUCUCACACCAAACAGACAACUAACCAACUGUCAAUAUCCUACAGAGAGAAGAAGCGAUCAGUAAAACCCUCUUCUCACACUCCACUCAAGACGGAAAUAAAAUCUGACCCUAAUGGAAGGCAAUUGUGCAGCUCCACAAGCACCUCUUCCACAGUCUCCCCUGCUGGACAGGGGACCCAUCGCUCCGCCCCCUCACCUCUGUUCUCCUCACCCUCUGCCAGCAGCAGCGACAGCUCCGAGUCUGACACCCAGAUUCAGACGGAGGAAGACAACUUGCGCAAAAACCGUCCGCGCCACAGGCUCAGAGACCACCACAGCCUCCUCUCUCAGUGUGCAGAGGAGGACCUGGGCGAAGGCCCAGAGGACGACCACGACAGAGGCGUAGAGGACAAGCAUCACGAAGACGACAGCGAUGGAUCAGGGUCAGCCAAGAGGCGUUAUCCACGGCGCAGCGCCCGCGCACGUUCUAACAUGUUCUUCGGCCUCACUCCGUUUUAUGGCGUUCGCUCGUAUGGCGAGGAGGACAUUCCCUUCUAUGGCAGCGGUGACGGAGCUGGAGCUGUGGUUAAGAGGAGGACCAGCGGACGGAAGAAGUCGGCAGAGGGUCAGGUGGAUGGAGCAGAUGAUAUGAGCACCUCGUCUUCAUCUGCAGACAGUGGCGAGGAUGAAGAUGGUGCAAUGAAGAACAGGGGUAAAGACUCUUACUAUUACAACUUCACUCGGACAAUUAUCAACCCUGGCGACGGCCUUCCGCCUAUAGAGGGGUUGGACGAUUGUUUGGGAAGGGGAUCCCAUCUUCAGCGCUUUCUGAAAGAUGAGGAACAGCAGCAGCAAAGGGCUCAGGGAAAAACUGAAGAGGACAUGCUGAGUACUUUGACCUUGGGCAAACAGCAAAUUGGCCAGGUUGACGGCGUUGACGACGGGUCAGAGAGUGACACUAGUGUCUGCACCACCAGCACCACCACCACAACAACCACCUCCUCCUCCACCCCGCAGAAGAGUACCCCAAAGAGGAGAGGCAGAGAAAGGCACGCAGACAAAGGCGACUCCCAUGAUUCGAGCAAGGAGGCCGACAACAGCAGCGGCGGAACAGGAAGCGGGAACCCACGAGAAAGCAGAAAGAACCAGAAGGAAAACUGUCUUCCUCUUGGUGGUGGGGUCAAAUCCCAGCCACAGAGCCAGGGCCAGGAUCCUCUCGAGGCCCAGCUCUCCCUCAGCACAGACCUGCUAAAAUCAGACUCCGACAACAACAACAGCGAUGAAUGCGGGAAUAUUUUACCAUCAGAUAUCAUGGAGUUUGUAUUGAACACGCCUUCCAUGUCGCUGCCGACUCUGGGUCAGCAGUCCGAGCCGUCGUCCUCUGAACUGCUGCUGGACGAGACCUAUGACCUAAACAGACGCAAAAACAUUCUGUUUGAAGACUUCCCUCAGCCGCUAGCCAGCGCUGAAAGCGGAGGGGUGGUGGAGGCCAGUGUUAACAGCUCCAUAUCAGUUGAAGAACCAUAUCUUCCUCUCGAGCUACCCUCAGACCUCUCUGUUCUGACGACACGCAGCCCUUCUGUCAGCACGAGCCAGAACCACUCGGCCACUGGCCUCAUCUCAAAUACCUCAGACAGCACUAUCCUGGGCUUGAACUCUGACCCGGAAAACAUCAGUGGGGAAAAGAGCCGCAAUAAGAAAGCAUCUGGGCCCGUUGCGUCACCGUCUGACAAUCAGCAUGAUGGUGCAGCUUUGGGAAACAGGGACACACAGGGUGCAGAGGAUCAUAUGACUCCAGAGCAGUUUAUUUCCAGCCCUGCUAUGGGUCAGGGGGUUGAAACUUCAAAUAACCAGGAUGUAAGCAGGAGUUCUGGCGCAUCUGGUUUGCCAAGUUCACCUUCAAUGCCUCUUCAGGGUCAGAAAUAUCUUGCAGCAGCUGCUGCUGCAGGUAGUCCCAGUCCAGUUCCUGGUCCAGGACCUUCCCAGGCUCAGGUCUCCAGCCCAGCAGUCAUCAAACCGGGCCCUGAUAAGGUCAUUGUGUUCAAUCAGCAUUUACAGCCUCUCUAUUUUAUUCAUACAAUGCCAAAUGGCGUCACCCAGAAGAUCAGUGCAACAGGAGUGAUGGAAGCUACCUCUUCUGCCGUGCUGAGCCCCAUGACGAUCACCAGAGGCUUAAAUACUGGUUUAUCUCCGGCUCAGACCAUUUUCCCUGCUGGUGGCAAAGUCCUCGGCACCAUACCUCACCCCUCUCAGAUUCACACGUUCACCGGAUCCACACAGGCAGGAUUCCAAACGGGAAUACCCAGCACCACCUCAGGCCUGCUCAUCGGUUUGCCCUCCCAGCCUUCUGACCAGUCCCAGAUUUUGGUCUCGGAGGCAGGUCGACCUCAUGAGCUUGGUCCCAACGUCGCCAUAGUCUCCAGUCACUCCUCCCUAACUUCCUCCCCUGCUGUCCUUGACUCCUCUCAUGGCAAGAAGAGGCCUAUCUCUCGUCUGCCAAGGAAAAACAAGAAACCAGCUCGCUGUCGCAGCCAGCCCACUCUGGCCCCGUCUGAAGUGGGCCCUCCCAACAUGACUCUGAUUAACCUGUCUUCCCAGCAGAUUACUGCGAGCAUCCCGGGACAACCUGGCGGACUGGUCGAGCUAAGCACCUUCACAGCUUCUAAGCGCAAAGUCCCAAAUAUUAUCAAGAGGCCAAAAUCGGGUGGGGUCAUGUACUUGGAUCCCACCACUCUCAUACAACAGAGAAUUCCUGGUCCUGCUCAGACCGGCAUCCUGAGUCAUGAUUCCUCAACUCAUAUCCUACCUUGCUCAGUCGCCGGUCUCAGCACCAGCCAGUCGGUGUUGAAUGUGGUCUCGGUCCCACCCAGUGGUUCUGCUGGGCUUCUUGCAUCAGGAUCAGUGUCUCUAUCCACCCCCGUGCUGAGUUCUGCAGAGAUCGCAGGCCCAAUCAGCAACCUCCUUUUUAAAGCAAAUCCACAUGGUUUGGGACUGUCGGAUCAGCCGAUGGUCCUCCAGCCAGCGGGGGGAGCUUCCCUCGUGUCACAGCUCACCUCCCCUGUUCAGACCUCCAUCGCCAGCAGCAUCUGCGUCCUGCCGACCAGCAUGGCUGUCAAGCCACUUGGAGAAACAGAAAGCGGUACCGUCCACCUACAGCAUCAGCCUCAGUCUGUGAGCAGAGUACAGACCGCGGACUCCAAUUCCAACCUUAACGCUGCUUUAACUCCCAGUCCAUCCACCCAUCUGAGCCCCACCAAAGGACGCGUUGUUGGAGUUUUCACACAAAAACGGACCUCUUUGCAUUCCCAGAGUAGCAGAACAAAUCCCAUUUCCAAAUUGUCAGAUCAGAAACCGACAGCAGCGUCAAGCACAGUUUCAGGUACUGAAAAAGGCAAAAAGAAAGUGAAGAGGAGCAGACAGAGUCCAGACAUCACCAGCGGGAAGAAGCUAAAGGCCUUUCAGACAAAUGAAUACCACAGCAACCCUGGAAAGCAGCUGCCAUCUUCAAACCCAAGCUCAAAGGGGAUGAACUCUCCUGAACCGAUGGACACCGGCAAGCCUCCAGAGAAGACCUCCAACAAGAACGUUUUUGGUAAAAAGAAGACAUCUGAUGGACAUGCUAUGUCAGGAAAAAUAGUGGGAAAAAACAAACCACCUGCAGCUGGAGAAGCAGGGACGUUCCCAGCAGCUUCACCACCCGAUGAGGAUGGCAACAGCACAGAUUCUGGCUUAGAUGGCAAACCCAAAAAGGGCAUCAUCUUUGAAAUCUACAGUGAGGAUGGCUUCCACAUUCGCUGUGAGAGUAUUGAAGAGGCCUGGAAGUCCCUGACUGAUAAGGUGAAGGAAGCUCGCUCCAAUGCACAACUCAAAGAGCUUUCUUUCGAAGGUGUGAACGGACUCAGGAUGCUGGGUGUCGUCCAUGAAGCUGUGGUCUUUUUGCUGGAGCAGCUGUACGGAUCCAGAAACUGCCGAAGCUACCGGUUUCGCUUCCACAAGCCAGAGGAAACCAACGACCCUCCUCUCAACCCCCACGGCUCAGCUCGCGCAGAAAUCCAUCACAGGAGGUCCAUGUUUGACAUGUUCAAUUUCUUGGCCUCAAAACAUCGCCAGCCCCCCGAGUACCGGCCACAGGAGGAAGAUGAAGAGGAAGGGCAGCUCAGGACAGCAAGGCGGGCCUCCAUGGAGCUGCCGCUUGCUGCGAGGUUCAAGCAGCUGAAAGCCUCCUCUAAGGAAACGGUUGGAGUCUACAGGUCUCCUAUUCACGGUCGCGGUCUUUUCUGCAAGAAAACCAUCGAGGCCGGGGAAAUGGUCAUCGAAUACUCUGGAAACGUCAUUCGCUCCGUGCUCACUGACAAACGGGAGAAAUACUACGAUGGAAAGGGGAUUGGCUGUUACAUGUUUCGCAUCGACGAGUACGAGGUGGUGGAUGCCACCGUGCAUGGCAACGCCGCCCGCUUCAUCAACCACUCCUGCGAGCCUAACUGCUACUCCAGAGUCAUCGCAGUGGACGGCCAGAAGCACAUCGUCAUCUUCGCCUCACGCCGCAUCUGCUGCGGGGAGGAGCUCACGUACGACUACAAGUUCCCUAUCGAGGAUGCCAACAACAAGCUGCCCUGCAACUGCGGCACCAAGAGGUGCCGCAAGUUCCUCAACUGACGGCUCCCAUCUAAACGACUCGAGGAUUGCUGUGCAGUGGGAUUGUCGACCUGGCGAUCAGCUUCCUGUUGGUUUACGGUUUUAAGCUACAAAUGACGCCAGCUGCUGCAGGCGUCGGCAGGAAACAGCAGCUGCGGGUCGCACUGUGUCAGCAGGAAGCGCCAUAUGUAGAAAUCCAAACAUAUUGUGCCUCCUUUUUGUCUAAUUUAUAUUCGGCAUUGAAAGUUUCUCCUCAAGAGGUGAGUAAUGAGAAGCAACAUUGCAAUAUUACAUUUUAUUUAUAUUUGGAUGAUAGCUAUCCCUCCAUAUUUUUCAUUUUCUACAUCAGCCAAUCCUUAUUUUUUUAAAAACACGUUAUUGUCUACUAAUGGGAACAUUGAAGGAAAGGAUAAACAAAAAUCAAAGAACUUGGAUCCAUUUUACACCAAAGUGCAAUUUGUUGAAGGGACUUGAAAAAGUGAUUUUUUUUUAUUUUUAUUGGAGGUUAAAUUAGGACCCUGUUUGUGUUUUGUUUGUUUGUUUUUUCCAGUGUUAUCAAUGCAUAUCUCCUUGUCUCAGUGUGCCCUGAUGCCUUCAGAGCUAAAACCUUCCCCUAAAGUUUGCUAGAGUAUAUUUGACCCUGUAUAUAGGUGCAGCCUGGUUGGAGCUGUACAGGUGGAAACACUAGGGGGAGCCGUGGUCGCAGGAAAAAAACAAAAACAAGACAUCGGGGGAGAAAGGUUCGUAAGAGAACUUUAUUUUUUACCAUUGCUGUAAAGGGUGUCCUCUGAUUCAGUCUCAGCUGAUAAAUGAAUCUGAGAGUUUGGCAAAGAUGAUUGGAUCAAGCUUCUGGCCUGAAAGAGCGAGGCAGCUAGAGAUUCUGGUGGACUGACAGCCAAAGGGACCAGAAAAAAACCUACUGAUGUGCUUGAAUAGACGUACUUAAAAUCAUUAUUUUUUGUUUUUUAUUGUUUUUGAAUGACGCAGGAGUGCACAGGCAGAAUUGUUUCAGGUCUGUGAAAGCUGUCAAUAUCAGACUUGUUUUUGGUAAUUGUGUAAGCUUGGACUUUCCAAAACCACAGCAGCAAGAGAACCAAACGCCACCCCCUUAAAUUUAAUUUUCACGCAGCUUUCCCCCCACCCCCUCUUCUCGGGCCUGUUGUGAUAACCAUUAUUAUGGAGAAAUGUUUUCUUUUCUUUUUUUUGAUUUGUUUAUCUGUUACAGCAGACAGGGAAAUAUCAUGCUUGCUUUUUGAAAAAACAAAAACAAUGUAAAUAAUGUAUAUUUUUUUACAAAAAAAAAAAAUUAAAAGCACUCACUAGUGAAUAGCACUUAAUGGUGGUAUUUAUAUUUUUAAAAAUUCAUAUUUAUUUUAUUGCCAUUUUUGUAGGAAAUAGAGGUUUACAAACACUAAUGCUUGGUCGGUAUGUUUUGUAUUCCACUGCCUUUUGAAAGUUUAUGUUUUUGCAUUUUUUUUUAUUUAAAAUUUGGAGCCUGAAUGUUUUUCUUUGAUUCCAAAGACUGACACUGGUCUGUGGCUUGGUUCCCAUUUAGUUCAGUCCACCAGUAGCUCUUUAUCUACGCCAGGCCAUUUGGCCAGAGGUGAUGUUUAUUUUAUUUUUAUUUUCUUUUUAAAUGUCCCAGUUGUAGCUACUGGUAUGGCCGUCGUGUGAACUAUUAUGCACUUGGGAGAGUUUAGAUUGUGGAUCUAUAGCAGAUAUCUCCUCUCCUCUCUCCAGCCUUAUCGUCUCCAUACAACGUUGAUCGGUGAGUCGAGUCCGCUCACAGGCUGCUGCUAUCGAAUCCGUUCUGUGAUCAGCCAGGAGGUCGACUGGCUUACAGCUAAUUGGAAAUAGACAAACAAAUAAGCUACCCGUGUUUGUAAAAUGUAACAAUAGCGCUCUGCAAAAGUAUUCACAAGUCACAUUUUGUCACAUAACAACCACAAUGUAUUUAACACUUUAUUGGGAUUUUAUGGAGCACAGAGUAUUACAUAAUGGUGAAGUAAACAGUUUGCAGAAUUUGUUUUUGCUGCAGUUACAUCUGUGUGCCGUUUGGCGUAUGUCUCUACCAGCUUUGCACAAGAAGAGACCGACAUUUUUACCCAUACUUCUCUGCAAAAUAGCUCAAGCUCAGUCAGAUUGGAUUGCCUUUUUAUUUAACUCCACCCAGUAUCCCAUCAAGCCCGACCAGAUUUCCAGCAGCAUGAUGCAGCCACUGCCAUGUUUCAGGCUGAAAUGGUGUGAUCUAACCAGAGCACCUUCCCCCACCUGUUUGAUGUAUCUAUCCUCAGCAUGGCUUGUGGAUAACUGCAAGCAGGACUUGUUUUGGAUUUCAACAUGGCUUUCUUCUUGCCACAUUAAAACACAGAUUUGUGAAGUGCGGGACUAAUAGUUGUCCUGUUGAUAAAUUCUGCCACCUCCCACCAUCUCCUCAAGAGUUGCCAGGAGCUUCCUGGCUCCUUCUCCUUUUAAUGCUCUCUAUGCAAGGUGUGUCAGUUUAGGUGGGCAGCCAUGUGUGGCAGGAUUGUAGUUGUGCCUUAUUUACUGAUUAGGUUACUUUUGAAGGCACUUGGUUGCCCUGGAUUUGCUUCGUGAAACGUUUCUUUCCAUUUCAGGCAUGAACUACGCUUUGUCAGCCAGUUGCAUUAAAAUCCCAAUAAAAUACACUGUAUGUGUGUAAGUAUGUGGUUGUUGCAUGACAAAAAGUGAAUACUUUUGCAAGGUGCUGUAAGUCCCUCUGCAGACUUGGUCUAUAAUAAAGAGGUGCCUUUAUUUUAACUCUUAUCAGAAACACUUGUCAUAUCUCCAUUGAGCCAAUUAAGGAAAAACAAAGAAGCAUUUAUAGAUCACCAGCAUUCAGGAAACAUUUUUAUCGUUCGGUCUGCUUGGUUUUUGCCUCAGUUUCUCAUCUUUUUCACAAAGCAAAUGUUUAGGCAGGCUCAACUGAAGCCCGAGUCCGUAUUUCUUCUCCUUUCAUGUCAACUUAUCGCCCUCCGCCGUUCAAGCUGUCUUUGUUAUGACCUACAGGCCGUUAGCAGACACUGCCCCGUUGUUCUUGUUCUGGGGAACUGAAAUGAAAAUAGGGACCACAGGUGGUUUGCACUGGAGCUGUGAAACAGGCACUGAAUAGACAAAGAAAACAAAACCUCAGCUCUUUCUCCAGACAGGAUGCAACUCGAAGUGCUGAACCCACAAGCACAGAGCAUUAACCCAGAGUUUGGGUGAACCAGGCUCUGACGGGCGUUUCUUGUUUUAAAGCUCCAGCAAAGUGCACUUGAUUCUGCUAAACAAGAAGUGAAGGUAGGGACCACACCAGCGGCCCUCUCCUUCCGAAUAAGUCCCCCCGCGUUUGCAUCCCAUGGCGCCACCACUGGGCUCACUGGGUUCUGCUGCUAAGGUCAACGAUGAAUGUAUGUUCUUCCUCCACAUCAACAGACUCGUGAUGGUGUUGAUACUUGGUCAGCUGCAUUUUUUUGGGUUAUUUUCUCAUGUAAUCGCUCUUGGUAGAGAUGGAAGACCUCAAGCGGCAUCAGCUGUUUCAUUUUUUGGACUGGGAAUUAUUUGGUGGUUCUUACUGGUUUAGCUCAAACAGUUCCCACCAGUACUGGUGAUAAAACAUGGUUACUGAUGCUAAGGGCUUUCUCUUCAUACAAAGCUCCAUUUUUCAGGGUCAGAGUGUUCAGUAAACAAUAAGUCGAGCUUAUUCUACCGUUAUCAACAGCAUAUAUAUAUACAUAUAUAUAUAUAUAUAUAUACACACACACAAUAAGGACACUUCUUCUGUCGUCUCCUUAAACAUUUUACCACGCCACACCAGUGGCCCUUCUCUGUCAUUAUCUGUAAUUAUAGUAUAAAUACUCAACAGUAUAUGGAAACAUGCAUAGUACUUACUUGUUCUUGUAUCUAUACAAAUAUAUGGAAUGGACAGAUAAACUUAGUUACAGUAGCAAAACAGCGGAUUUAUUACGGUUAAUAGCAACGUUUCAGUGUACUCUAUAAUGGUUUUGUGUUACAGUACUAUCAAAUAAAACUAACGUGCAUCAUUCUUUUUGUAUAUUGAUAUCCAGUACCAGUUUUGCUGUGCCUGUGAGCGAAUCCUUCACCAGCAAGGACCGCUGCAAUUUAUUUCUUUCUUUCUCUCUCUUUUUUUUUUUAUUGUGUUUUUCUUUCUGGUAUGAAACGGUUUUCAUGUGCUGAGAAAUGUAACUGUUAAUGUGGUCGUGAACUUCUUGAGGUCAGAUGUUUGGGUUUAUUUUUCUGGUUGUUGUAGUAAAUGUUAGUUGUUUUUUUUUUGUUCGUUUCUCUGAUUUGUUCUAACAGGGACUUUUUAGACUGCUUACUUGAUGUGGUAAAAGUCUGAGUUUGGUUUGUGGAGACAGACCAGGGGUUUAAAGAAACCGCCAUAAUGGCUUCUUCUUCUUUUCUUUUUUUUUUGACUGUGGACAUCUUUCAUCUCUCCCUGACCCUCUCUAUCUCUUUCUCUCCCCUGAAGCUUUGGUUGUACUUAUGAUGUACUGUUUUAUAGAAAUGCUGAUGUUGAGAACCUUUAAUUUAUUAUUAUUUUUUUUUGCACCAUCCACGUGAAACUAUUCUUUCACAAUUCAAAGUUCUGAAGAGGUCGUAUGAGUACUUAACCUGUAUGUGUAAUUUUAUUGUGUAUAGACAGUUUAAGAUGGGAUGUAGUGUCAAAAAAGGGGGUUUGGGAUUAAUAGGAUGUGGACAAAGAGGGAUCUUGAACGGGCCAGUUUUGUUUAGCCUUGAAUAUACCUUUGUCUUAUACCAACAUCCUUCUGCUUUCUGUAUAAAAUAAAAAACAAACUGUCUUCUUACAGAAUUCAUUUGUUCUCCCAUUCAACAGUGUUCUUUCUACACAUCAAUGAAAUGAAGGAAAACCACCACCGUGAAAACUAAACCACAAAGUACUUGGUUGAAUGUAUAAUUAGGUAACAAAGUUGUACAUAAUGUAAAAAAAGUUUCUAAUCAUGUUUAUUUUCUAUGCACUUUUUUAUUUAAGUGAUAGUUUAAAUAAUAAACAUGUCGCCUUUA